CAUUCUUCGCAAUUCGAUUCCAGAGCUCCUACCGGUCUAGCUUCCUUCUCUCGCCUUCCAGCCCUCCGAGCCAAGUAAGCUCUCCUCUCUCUUCUUUAGCUUUUCCAUCUUCUUCGCUUUUAUUCCCGGUCGAUGUCUUCCCCUGAUAGUCAGGAUAUUUCCGUCUCGGAUGCCCGCGCAUCCGAGGAGUCCCUUUCUUCUUCUUCGACCGGGUCGUCUUCCCCCAUUCCCCAGUCCCGGUCGAUUCCAAAUCCUAGCGUUCCUGAACCGCAACCACUAAACCAGAUGCCCGGUCACCUAUUUCCGGAGGGGGAGGAGCCGGUCAAUGACGAACCGGCCCCUUAUGACCCGGAAAGAGAGACCCGGGACCAGUGGGUGGAGAGGUUGGACGCAGCCGGUUACUCUCCACUCCCCAUCUCCUUUGUUUCGGACAUUUACCCCCAUGUCUCCAAGAUAGCUUUGAACAAAGCCCGUAGGAACCUUCCGGUUGGCUAUGUUCUCGAAUAUGACGAUAACUGGUCCAACAUCAUCGAACCUCACCGGGAGGAUAGGAUUGGUUUCCACAUUGCUUCCUUAGAGAGUGGUAUCAUUUUUCCCCUUCACCCCCUCCUUGUCGAGCUUUGCCAUUGCUUCAAAAUCCUACCCGGCCAGAUUACUCCCAAUGCCCACCGGUUGCUAAAUUCCUUCCCAAACAUCUGCGCCCACCUCCGCAUAGACCCCUCUCUUCGCCUCUUCCUUUACAUGUUUGAGGUUCGCCCCGGUAAACCGGGUUGCGAAGGUUUCGUCUACUUCAAGGGACGGAAUAACCGCAAGUUCAUCUCUGACCUUCCACAAAUCAACCGUUUGUGGAAGGAAAAAUUCGUCUUCAUAAAGUUUCCCCCCUCCGUCACUCCUUUGGCCGGUCUGACAUGGAGUGACCACCUCCUUAAGCAUCAGUUUACCGAACCGCCGGCUACCCCGGAUCUGGAGGAGAGCCGGGAACAGCUUCUUAAAGGGGACCCCUUCACCGGUCAGAUGUACCAUUAUGGGGGUUGGGUCUGGCGUAUCCAACCGGGUGACGAGGGUUCCUCCCGGGCCCAUGAAGCAGCGGGGCACGGGGGACCCUCCCCGGGCAACACUGCAGAGGCUGGAGGCCCAAGUCACCCAGAUAUGAAUUUCAGGGCGUACAAUAUGCCGAAGACUGCCGGUGGUUCUUCCUCUGCUGCCGGUCCACACACUUCAGCAACCGUACCGGUCCAGAAGGAACCCAUAGAGAUCCAUUCUGAAGAGGAAGCUCCUGAGACCGGGGGAGUUUCUCAGACCGGGAGAGAACCGGCGAAUUCUCCCCUUAACAAAGGAAAGGGGAAAAAGAGAGUGAAACAUGCGGCCACCAACCACCCGUCGGCCAAGAAGAAAAGGGGGGAGAACAUCCCGGCUGAGGAGUUGCUGGAGGAGCUUUGGGUCAAACUGACCCUCAAGCUGAAAGGGAUGGGUGAAGUUAGGCCUGACGUCUUGGAGCAACUCACUGAAGAUUCCUCCUCCCGGUUAGCCCAACUGGAGGAGAAGCUGAAGAGAUAUGAGGCUCAUAACCGGGACCUCAAGGAGCUGACCGCCCGGCAGUCAAAUGAGAUGGCUGAUCUUUCCGCCAUUGCCGAGGGGGCCAAGGUAGAGACCCUUCAGCUGAAGGAGGAGAACUUAAAGCUGAUGGAGGAUCUUGAGCUGAAGGAGCGGGAGUUCCCCGAUUUGGUGGUAGCCCUUGAAGGCAUCCAUGAAACUUAGGAGUUCGCACCCCGCAGUUUCGUCCAC